UGAAUUGAAGCAAACAUCCUCUCAGAGAAACAGAAGAGAGGAAAGUGUUCUUUUUAAGUUUUUAAUUUUCACAAAAAAAAAAAAAAUACCGAAGUUAAGAUUUAUCUAAACAGAAAUUCAAAAUGGUAAAACCAAAAAACCAAGGGAUUUGCUCCUCCUUAUCGCAAACCUAUGCGAUUAUGGAAAUAUCUACGGGACCAAUCGUCUCUUGCUCAAAGGAGAACCAGAAGAUCUACCUUGAGUGGUUUAACUUCGCUGACUCAGAUGGGGAUGGUCGAAUCACUGCCAGUGAAGCUAUAAAAAUCUUUGGCUUGUCUAAUUUAUCCCGACAGGAUCUUCAGCAGGUGUGGGCGAUUGCAGAUUCUAAGCGACAGGGAUAUCUUGGUUUCAAUGAGUUCAUCAGUGCUAUGCAGUUAAUUUCCUUGGGACAAUCUGGACAUGGAAUAACAAAUGAUAUCUUAAAUAGCAAAGUUGACUUUGAAAAUUUGAAGCCUCCGUCCAUGGAAGGUCUGGAUACCCUGAUCGCAAAGAAAAAGAGUUCUUCAAAAUCAAGUGAACCUGAUAUGAAUGGUAGUCUUCAAGUGCUAACAUCGCCUUUAGUCAGUUGGUUUUCUUCAAUAUCAUCAAAAAAGGUGCCUCUAUACACUGUUACAUCCAUCAUUGAUGGCUUGAAGAGGUUGUACAUUCAGAAGCUGAAGCCAUUAGAAGUUACUUAUCAUUUUAAUGAUUUUGUAUCUCCGCUGUUGACAAACAGUGAUUUUGAUGCCAAACCAAUGGUUAUGCUAUUGGGUCAAUAUUCCACUGGAAAAACAACAUUCAUCAAACAUUUACUUAAAAGAGGUUAUCCAGGAGCUCAUAUUGGACCUGAGCCAACAACUGACAGAUUUGUUGUUAUUAUGUCUGGUACUGAUGAAAGGAGUAUACCGGGCAACACGGUGGCAGUCCAAACAGAUUUGCCCUUUAAUGGACUCGCAACUUUUGGAAAUGCAUUUUUGUCAAAAUUGGAAUGUUCUCAAAUGCCUCAUCCUUUGCUGGAGCAUAUUACAUUUGUGGACACACCUGGAGUUUUAUCAGGGGAAAAGCAACGAACACAACGUGCUUAUGAUUUUACCGGUGUAACUUCAUGGUUUGCUGCAAAGUGUGAUCUCAUUCUGCUUCUGUUUGAUCCUCACAAACUUGAUGUCAGUGAUGAGUUCAAGCGUGUGAUAUCAUCUUUACGUGGUCAUGAUGAUAAGAUUCGUGUAGUUCUCAACAGGGCAGACCAAGUUGAUACUCAACAAUUAAUGAGGGUUUAUGGUGCGCUAAUGUGGUCGCUUGGGAAAAUUCUAAAUACUCCUGAAGUUGUGCGUGUUUAUCUUGGCUCAUUCAAUGAUAAACCAGUAAAUGAAGCUGCCGUUGGUCCAACUGGGAAAGAAUUUUUUGAGAAAGAACAGGAUGACCUUCUGUCUGAUCUAAAAGAUAUACCAAAGAAGGCUUGUGAUCGCCGAAUCAACGAAUUUGUGAAACGAGCUAGAGCUGCCAAGAUACAUGCUUAUAUUAUUAGUCAUCUUAAAAAGGAGAUGCCAGCCAUUAUGGGCAAAGCAAAGGCUCAACAGCGACUUAUUGAUAAUUUGGCAGAUGAGUUUGGAAAGGUUCAAAGGAAGUUCCAUUUACCUCCAGGUGAUUUCCCAAAUGUUGAGCACUUCAGAUCUGUUUUGAGUUGUUACAACAUUGACAAAUUUGAAAAGUUAAAGCCUAGAAUGAUACAAGCUGUUGAUUACAUGCUUCGUUACGACAUCCCAGAGCUCUUGAAAAACUUCAGAAAUCCCUACUUCUUGGUGACGACUAAGAGAUCAAGGUUGUAGCAGUUUAUAACGGAUGAAAUUUAGAUCAAAACUAGAUGGAAUUUGAAUCUCUGUUGCAUCUUAUAGGAGCAUUGCACAGUUUAAAACUUCCCCAUUACAUAUAGGUGUACAUUGAUUUGGGUUGUCCUAACGCUUAAAUGCAACGAUUUAUGGGAAAUUAUAUAAUCGAUUUGGGUGCUUGAGUCUUGAUUUACUCGUGCUUUAACUAUAAUGUGAAUUGGAGAUGAUAGGGUCAUUUAUAUUGUCCUAACUUUUUGUAAUUUCUCUAAUUUUUAUUUCAUCAUUUUUUUUUCCUGUUGGAA